CUGAGCCUGGAGUCCAAGCUGUUUGGGUGAAGGGGCCUGGCUGCCUGCCGGACGUGGCCUGCAGAGUCUGGGCCGUGCACACAUUCACACAAAAGAAGCCGGAAAGUGACAGGAGGAAGCUGUGCGUCACAGGGGACUGAGCGGGACCCUGCCUGCCUGCCCAGCUCCAGGACAGACCCACACUCCAGCCCUGAGCGCUCUGCCGCCAGCUCCGCGGCUUCCAAUGAGACUCCUCCCGCUUCUAGUGGGUUUCUCCACUUUGCUGAGUUGCUCCUACACACAAAAUUGCAGCAAGACCACGUGUCUCCCAAAUGCCAAGUGUGAAGUGCAGAAUGGUGUGGAAGCCUGCUUCUGCAGCCCGGGGUACUCUGGGAACGGCAUCACCAUUUGUGAAGAUAUAGAUGAGUGCAGUGAGUCUUCUGUCUGCGGCGACCAUGCUGUGUGUGAAAAUGUGAACGGGGGAUUCAGUUGCUUCUGCAGGGAAGGUUAUCAGACCUACACGGGGAAGUCGCAGUUCACACCUCAUGAUGGCUCUUUCUGCCAAGAUAUAGACGAGUGCAGCGAGUCUUCUGUCUGCGGUGAUCAUGCUGUAUGUGAAAACGAGAAGGGGGGAUUCAGCUGCUUCUGCAGGGAAGGUUAUCAGACCUCUACCGGGAAGUCAAGGUUCACACCUAAUGAUGGCUCUUCCUGCCAAGAAAGCGUGAAUUCAAAUUGCCACUUAGAGCAGGCCUGCAUUGCUGCAAACAUUAAUAAAACUUUAAAAAGAAUUGGACCCAUAAAAGAACAGACAACUUUACUCCAAGAAAUCUACAAAAAUUCUGAAGCUGAGCUCUCUCUGACAGAUAUCGUCACAUACAUAGAGAUACUAACAAAAUCAUCCUCACUACUAGGCCACAUGAACAGCACCACUUCAUCCAAGGAUCCCCAGUUCAAUUCAACACUUACUGAAUUUGGAAAAACCAUCAAUAAUUUUGUCGAAAAGAAUACACAUAAAAUGUGGGACCAGUUACCUACAAAUCACAGAAGAUUUCAUCUCACAAAACUGAUGCACACUGCUGAGCUCAUCACCGUACAGAUCUCUCAGAACAUCCAGAAGAAUACCCAGUUUGAUAUGAACUCUACUGACUUGGCUCUCAAAGUUUUCAUUUUGGAUUCAGUUCACAUGAAGCAUGCUCAUCCCCAUAUGAAUGUGGACGGAGGCUAUGUAAAAAUAUUCCCAAAGAGAAAAUCUGCAUAUGACACAACUGGCAAUGUAGUAGUUGCGUUCCUGUGCUAUAAGAGCCUUGGUCCCUUGCUUUCCUCAUCUGACAACUUCUUACCGGACACUCGAAAUGAUAAUUCUGAAGGAAAGGAAAAAGUCAUUUCUUCAGUGAUUUCUGCCUCAAUAAGCUCAAACCCACCCACAUUAUAUGAACUUGAAAAAAUUACAUUUACACUAAGCCAUGUAAAGCUCUCAGAUAAGCACCGGACACAGUGUGCCUUUUGGAACUACUCAGCCGAUGCCAUGAACAACGGCAGCUGGUCAUCCGAGGGCUGUGAGCUGACACACUCAAACGACACCCACACGUCCUGCCGCUGUAGCCACCUGACACACUUUGCCAUUUUGAUGUCCUCUAGUACCUCCAUUGGAAUUAAAGAUUAUAAUAUCCUGACCAGGAUCACUCAGCUUGGAAUAAUCAUCUCCCUGAUUUGCCUCGCCAUCUGCAUCUUCACCUUCUGGUUCUUCAGUGAAAUCCAAAGUACCAGGACCACAAUUCACAAGAACCUCUGCUGCAGCCUCUUUCUUGCAGAACUUGUCUUCCUUAUUGGCAUCAACAUAAAUACAAAUAAGCUGGUCUGCUCUAUCAUCGCUGGCCUGCUCCACUACUUCUUCUUAGCUGCCUUUGCCUGGAUGUGCAUUGAAGGCAUUCACCUAUACCUCAUGGUUGUUGGAGUCAUCUACAACAAGGGGUUUUUACACAAGAACUUUUAUAUCUUUGGCUAUCUCAGCCCAGCGGUGGUUGUUGGAUUCUCGGCAUCUUUAGGAUACAGAUAUUAUGGUACCACCAAAGUAUGUUGGCUGAGCACUGAAAACAACUUCAUUUGGAGCUUCAUAGGACCAGCGUGUCUAAUCAUUCUUGUCAAUCUCUUGGCUUUUGGAGUUAUCAUAUACAAAGUUUUCCGCCAUACUGCUGGACUGAAACCAGAAGUUAGUUGCUAUGAGAACAUAAGGUCUUGCGCCAGAGGAGCCCUGGCCCUCCUCUUCCUUCUUGGUACCACCUGGAUAUUUGGGGUUCUCCACGUAGUGCAUGCAUCUGUCGUGACAGCCUACCUCUUCACAGUCAGCAAUGCUUUCCAAGGGAUGUUCAUUUUCUUAUUCCUAUGUGUUUUAUCUAGAAAGAUUCAAGAAGAAUAUUAUAGAUUGUUCAAAAAUGUCCCCUGCUGUUUUGGAUGUUUAAGAUAAAAAACAAAACAAAA